CCGUGGCUUAUCUACUCAUCACAGUCUCUCUCUCUGUCUCUUUCUCUGUCUGGAUCUCUCGUCUAGUCGUCUUAAGCUGUGCUUCCGGCGUCUCUGUCUUCGUUACAUUUUCCCGAGAAACAAACGGAGCAGAUUCUGAAAGCCAUGAACUCUGUUUCGAUGAAUACUCUCACUGAGGCUUUUAGGACCCCUAUUUUUGUCAAAAUUACGGCCUUUACCAUCCUCUUCCUCUCCCUUUUCUUCCUCUUCGACCGCUUCUCUUCCCCCUACUCUUCCCUCCUCGUCUUCUCCUCCCUCCCGCCUCUCACCCGAACCACGCCUUCUUCUUCUUCUUCUUCUUCUUCUUCUCCUUCUCCUCCUCCUCUUCCUCCUUCUACUUCUUCUUCUUAUUCUUAUUCGCCACCUCCUCUACCUCCUCCUCCCCCGCCGCUCCCCACAAAAGCGUCUUCGCCUCCGCCUCCCCCGCCGAAGCCACCGCGAGUGGACUUGAUGAUCAGGAUGGGGAUAGUGGACGAAACGGGCGCCAUGUCUCUGGACUUUGAAAUCGGGGAGAUAGACGAGAGUUUGACGGAGGAGGAGCUGAGGGGUUUGAGCGGUGGGAGUGAGGAGAAGGAGAAGAAGAAAAAAGAUGGUGGUCACAGGGUUAAGGUUGACAAGUAUGAGGUGUGUGAGCAAAGUAUGAGCGAGUACGUACCGUGUUUGGACAAUGUGGAUGAGAUUAGGCGGCUGAAUUUGGGUGACAGUGUGGAGAAGUACGAGCGACAUUGCCCUGAGGAAGGGAAAGCGUUGGAUUGCUUGGUGCCGAGGCCGGAGGGGUAUCUGGUUAAGAUACCGUGGCCGAGGAGCCGAGACGAGGUGUGGUUGAGAAAUGUACCCCGUACAGGUCUGGUUGGAGACAAAAAUAGCCAGAAAUGGAUAUCUAUAAAGAAGGACAAGUAUGUUUUUCCGGGAGGUGGAAGGGCAGAAAACCACUUGAACCAGAUUUCUAAGAUGAUUCCUGACAUUGCUUUUGGCCAAAAGACCCGAGUAGCCUUGGACAUUGAUAGUGGAGUAGCAGAUUUUGGUGCCUUUUUGAUGCAGCGUAAUGUGAUUACUCUGUCAAUAGCACGAAAAGAUGUUCAUGAAAACCAGAUUCAAUUUGCUUUAGAGCGUGGUGUGCCUGCAAUGUUAGCAACAUUUGCCACACGUCGUCUGUUGUAUCCAAGCCAGGCUUUUGACUUCAUCCAUUGUUUAGGAUGCGGGGUUAGCUGGACCCUUGAUGAUGGAAAGCUGCUCCUUGAGGCCAACAGGAUGCUAAGGGCAGGAGGAUACUUUGUAUUAGCGGGAGAGCAGGUCUAUAAACAUGAUGAGAACCUACGAAAACAAUGGGAAGAAAUGGAGGAUCUGACUACUCGCAUUUGUUGGAAACUAGUAAAGAAGAAGGGAUAUAUUGCUAUAUGGCAAAAACCUUUGAACAAUAGCUGCUAUCUUAAUCGUGAUAAUGGUUUGCAACCUCCAUUAUGUGAUUCCAAUGAUGAUCCAGACAAUGUUUGGUAUGUUAAUUUGAAGGCAUGCAUCACUCCAUUACCAGAGACUGGAUAUGGAGCUAAUGUAACUACAUGGCCUGCACGCCUUCAUUAUCCACCAGAGAGGCUUCAGAGCAUAGAAAUGGAUGCCUACAAAUCCAGAAAGGAAAUUUUCAAGGCAGAGUCGAAGUAUUGGAAUGAGAUAAUAACUGGUUAUGUUAAUGCUUUCCGCUGGAAAGGCUUUAAACUAAGAAAUGUGAUGGACAUGAGAGCUGGAUAUGGAGGGUUUGCAGCAGCAUUGCAUGAUCUCCAGCUUGAUUGCUGGGUUAUGAAUGUUGUUCCUGUUGAUGGGUUCAAUACCUUGCCUGUUAUCUAUGACCGUGGACUUCUAGCAGUUAGGCAUGACUGGUGCCAGCCAUUUGACAGUUACCCCAGAACGUAUGACCUGUUGCAUGCAAAUGGUCUCUUCUCUGUUGAGAAGAGAAGACAAAAAUGUGACAUCUCAACCAUCAUGCUUGAGAUGGAUCGGAUGCUAAGACCAGAUGGGCGUGUUUAUAUACGUGACAAGGUAUCUGUUAUUGAUGAAGUGAAGGAAAUUGCAUCUGCCUUGGGAUGGGUUCCUGCACUUCACGAAACUGGCGAGGGCCCCCAUUCUAGCUGGAGGAUGUUAUUAUGCGAUAAACAAGAGAGGAAGAGGAGAAGAAAAAAGAAAAAGGCAAAAAGCGAAAUAAACUAGGGGAUGGGGGCACUUAAAGCCAGGUAGAAGUGGGAACACCGUCUUCUUCAAACUUUCCUGGUUACCUGCUACCUUAUUCGUUGAAUCCUAGAUUUGAUUGUCACCUCUUUGAAUGCCACUGAAUAUUGUUCCUUGUCGUGUACAAUUGUAUCCAUUUCCCCACACUCAUAAUAUAUUGUUAGAGAUGAUGGGGAGAAACCAAACGAAACAAGCAAGUUAGUUAAUGCCUGCUAGUCCGAGGAAGGCGAAACAUCAUAAAGCAUAUUAAAAAUAUUAUACAAGCACAGUUCUCUUCCUGGAA